AUGAGACAGGUGCUCAUUUACCCCGGCGAAGAUGGCUAUUGGGUCGCCGAAUGCCCCGGGUUGCCCGGUUGCAUCAGCCAGGGAAGGACAAAGCAGGAAGCCAUCGUCAACAUCAGAGAGGCGAUUCAAGGCUACAUCGCUUCUCUUGAGGAGGAUGGGCUGCCGGUUCCCGAAGAACGCUUUGAGGCGCUGAUCGUGGCCGUAUGA